CGUUCACUGGGUUCCACAGCUUUAGUUUUUAAUCCUGAGUGAAAAUGGGUCAUAAGAGAAGGACCUGGACUGUGAGGCUCGUGCUGGUUGGGUUUAUUCUCAUUUUGUCAUGGCUCGAGAGAGCGGAAACUGGUUCUCCGUCACUGCUGGAAUCUCUCCGGUUACCUUCAGACACAGAGUAUGAGAUUGUGGCUCCGUACGAGGUGGACCGUCACGGCCGCUACGUCUCGCAUGCCAUCGCUCAUCAACAUCGCAGAAGGCGCUCUCUGGACGAGCGUGGGAUCAACCCUGCCUCCACGGCCCACUUCCGUCUCCAGGGCCUUGGUCAGAACUUCCACAUGGAGCUGCGUCCGUCCGUGGGGCUCAUCGCUCCAGGAUUUACCAUCCAAACUCUGGGGGAAAACGGCACGGAAAAGCUGGAAGACUUCCCCAGAGUUGACUUCUGCUUCUAUCAAGGGUCACUGAGGUCAGAGGUCAACUCUACGGUGGCACUAUCCACGUGUGCCGGGAUGUCAGGUCUGAUCCGCACCCAGGAGGCCGAUUACUUCUUGAAACCGCUCCUCCUGCACCAGUUGCAGCAUCAGAACUACACCGCUGUCCCUGAACACCAGCCACACAUCCUCUACAGGAUACACACACACACUCCAGAAAGCGGGGGCGGAGCCAAGCGGCGUCAACGCCGACACGGUCACCAUGGCAACUCCGGACACGGAGCACCACGGAGGCAACACUACUGCGGAAGAAGGAAGAAAUACAUGCCACAACCUCCCUCUGAAGAUGUUUACGUUUCUCCUGAUGAGUAUAAACCAGCGCCGAGAGGAAGACGAGCUGCAAUGCCAAGCAUUUAUUCCAGACUCAACGUUGAGAUGCUGGUAGUUGUGGAUCAGAAGAUGAUGGAGAACCACGGACAAGAGAACGUCACCACAUUCGUCCUCACCGUCCUCAACAUGGUCUCCACACUGUUUAAGGACAGAACGAUAGGAGGAGACAUUAACGUAGUGAUAGUGGGACUGAUCCUCCUGAGAGGAGAGCAGGAUGGGUUGGUGAUUAGUCAUCACGCUGAUCACACUCUCAGCAGUUUCUGUCAGUGGCAGUCGGCUCUGGCGGGUCGUGAAGGUCGUCGCCAUGAUCACGCCAUCCUACUGACAGGAUUGGACAUCUGCUCCUGGAAGAACGAGCCAUGUGACACACUGGGUUUUGCUCCCAUCAGUGGGAUGUGCAGUAAAUACCGGAGCUGUACCAUUAACGAGGACACAGGACUCGGACUGGCUUUCACCAUCGCGCACGAGUCCGGACACAAUUUCGGGAUGAUCCACGACGGAGAGGGAAACGUGUGUAAGAAGUCCAUAGGGAACAUCAUGUCCCCGACACUCGCAGGAGAUAACGGUCUCUUCUCCUGGUCGCCCUGCAGCCGUCAGUACCUUACACGCUUUCUCAGCACUGCUCAAGCUACGUGUCUUUCGGACGAACCGAAGGCGAUGGAGGAAUACAAAUAUCCGGAGAAACUUCCCGGCGAGCUCUACGACACCGACACUCAGUGCAAAUGGCAGUUUGGAGAAAAAGCCAAACUCUGCACACUGAGCUUCAAAAAGGACAUCUGUAAGGCCCUGUGGUGUCAUCGUGACGGACGAAAAUGCGAGACCAAAUUCAUGCCAGCGGCCGAGGGCUCCAGCUGCGGCCCUGAGAUGUGGUGCCGUCAUGGAGAGUGUGUGAAGCAAGGUGCUGAAGGUCCUCAGCCACUUUCCGACCACUGGUCCGAGUGGUCCAUUUGGUCGAGCUGCUCAAGGACGUGUGAAAAUGGAGUGAUGUACAGAGAGCGACAGUGCAACUACCACAAACAUGUGGAGGGAGGUAGUGUGUGUGAGGGCGUGUCUCGUGAGUAUAAACUGUGUAACACUUUCGACUGUCCUGCGAGUGCGAUGGACUUCAGAGCGGCUCAGUGCGCCGAGUUUAACACAAAGCCCUUCCGCGGUCUUUACUACAUAUGGAAACCUUACACACAGUUUAAAGAUCAUGAGGUGUGCAAGCUCUACUGUAUUGCUGAGGGCUACGACUUCUUCUAUGCGCUUUCCAACAAAGUCCGUGAUGGCACGCGGUGUACCCUGGACAGCAACAACGUGUGUAUCAACGGUGUGUGUGAGAAAGUGGGUUGUGAUAAAGAGCUGGGAUCGACAGCAGUACUGGACAUGUGUGGUGUCUGCAAUGGCAAAAACACUACCUGCAAACUCUACAAAGGCCGAUACACCAAGCAACACUAUUCCAACCAGUACUAUGGAGUGGUCACUUUACCACCGGGUGCCCGUAGUAUUCGUGUGAUGGAGUCAAACUCCUCCAGAUCUUUUCUUGCCCUAAGGAACACACACAGGAAAUACUAUCUAAAUGGUCACUGGAAAGUGGACUGGCCUGGACGUUACUCCUUUGCAGGAUCAGUGUUUGACUACAAACGACCCUAUAACGGUCUUGAGAGUCUGACCUCGACAGGGCCCACCAGCGAAGCUCUAGUGGUAGAGAUCCUGCUGCAGGGUUCGAACCCAGGUGUGAGGUGGGAAUACACGCUAAACAAAACCAAGAUGGAGAAAGCAACCAAGCCCAAACACAAAUACACGUGGGCUGUGUUUCAUGGCGAAUGCUCUGCUACCUGUGCCGGAGGCGAGAUGAAAACAAAGGCAACGUGUUAUAAGGAUCAGCGAGUCCAAGUGAACACGUCCUACUGUAACCCCAAAACCCAUCCCAAAAUCGGCACCGUUUCCUGUAACACCCAACCCUGCCCUCCCAGAUGGAGUGUGGGAGACUGGCAUGUGUGUAGUCGUACGUGUGGUUCGGGGGAACAGAGUAGGCAGGUGCAGUGUGUUCAGACAGCGAGUCACACUCGGGUAAAGGUGUUGAGUGACGAUCAGUGUGUUCAGCCUCCACCUGCACGCAUACACACUUGUAACACACACACCUGCCCACCCACAUGGAGUGUUGGCACCUGGACACAGUGUUCACGUAAAUGUGGUAAGGGUGUGCAGAGAAGGGCAGUGACGUGUGUGCGUAGAACACCGGGAUCGCGUGACCUUGUUCUCCCAGACAGUGAGUGUGUGCGUCUGACUAAACCACACAGCAUGGAGAACUGUGUACUAAAACCCUGCCCAAGAACACACACCACACACUGGAGCCUCACUCACUGGCAACAGUGUUCAGUGACAUGUGGUGAAGGUGUACAGAUUCGUUCUCUGCAGUGUGUGGAGAAAGAUGUGACAGGGAAACACAGAACCCUGAUGGAGAAGAAGUGCCAACACACACCCAAACCUUCAGCCGAGCUUCAGAGAGUGUGUGUUAAACCUGACUGCAUCGACACACACCGCUCUCACACACCACAGUGGUACACAUCAACCUGGUCUCAGUGUACAGUGUCGUGUGGUGGUGGUGUCCAGCUCCGCUCUGUUCAGUGUCUCCUACACAGACGCCCUUCGUCCACUUGUUCCCUUCAUGUGAAACCGGCUGCGUCUCAAAUCUGUAACACCAACUUCUGCCUUCAGCAGCACAGAGACAUCUGUAAGGACUCGUACAGUUGGUGUCACCUGGUGCAGCAGCACGGAGUGUGUAACCAUCACCUGUACAGGAGGCAGUGCUGUCUUUCCUGCUCAAACACCAACUUCUGAUCUAUAUUAGCAAAUAAAAAAUUAUGGAUUAGCAUGUUAGCAUGUCAGACGCGAACACACAGACACACCCAGCCACCCACCCCAACACACACACACACACAUGCAGAGCAUGUGCAUCUGUAGUGUGUUUGGAGCAGCUCAGAGACGCAGGGAUGUGUGGACUCGUGUUGAAGAUGGACAGAGACAGAAAGAUCUCUGCAGUCCCUGACAUCAAGGGUUUAGUGUGAAGAAUUAGGACAUGCCCAUUUCUUGGGAGUGUGUGACAGGAUGCGAGGACUUUCGCAGUUUUGCAUUUGCACAUAAGAUAUAAAAGUGACUGCCUGCUUUUUUGGAAAAUUAUGUUUGGAGAACGUAGAGCUUUUG